CAGCAGAAGAAGAAGCAGAAGCAGAAGCAGAAGCAGAAGAAGAAGAAGAAGAAGAAGCAGCAGAAGAAGAAGCGCAGCUUUCCUGCUAUAAAGACAUAAAAGCGACACGUUUCGCCGCUACAGCCGCGAAUAUUUGACAUUUGGCAGCAGCUUCCGGUGCGUGUGUCCGGGCCGCGAUGCCGUGGCGGUGCUGCGUCCCGGGCUGUAAGGGCUACGACGAGGCCAAGUCGAUGGGGGUCGUGUUUCACGGCUUGCCCACGCGGGACCCGCAGCGCUGCAGAACAUGGCUGACCGCGAUUCAAAACCCCAGGUUUGACGAGAACACCCCGGUCUCCAGGUACAGCGGCGUGCGAGUGUGCAGCCUGCACUUUAAACCCGAGGACUACGAGGAGGACUUCCGCGCUAAAAUACUCAACAUUACGCCCAAGCCGAUGUUGAAGAGCGGUGCCGUGCCGUCCGUGUUCCCCGGGAGACGGCACGCGGAGCCCGGCCGGACCGACUCAUCUCCGCCGGCCCCCAAGAGGAGCAGACCGCAGACGGUCGGCGGCGGUGCAGGGAGCUCCUCCCAGCCCGCCCCGCAGGCGGCGGCGUCCGCGGCGUCGUCGGACGAAAGCUUCUGCAUCGUGGUGUCGGUCGACGACAGCUUCCACUCGGAGCCGGAGUUCAGCUCGGUAACGACGUCCGAUGACGACGACGACGUCGACGAGGACUGCACUGUCGUUUACAACCGCAGCUUGAUGGAGCUUUUCAGGAUGUGUCAGACGUGCGGCCAGCCCCUGGUGGAGAAGGAGCUUUUCCACUCAGGUGCGCAGAUGAGGGUGAAGUGGAGCUGUCGUGGCGGACACUCAGGUGUGUGGAAGUCAUCGCCUCACCUGAGAGACGUGCUUCGUGUGAAAGCCACCUACUCACCGCCGCUUCUGCUCUCGUCGCUGGACUAACAUUUACACUUUUUUCUCGCGAGGAGAAGAACAUUUUAUUUUUUUAAAAUAUAUAUAUAUAUAUAUAUAUAUAUAUAUAUAUAUUUUCAGAACAGAUUAUUUAAAAAAAGAGCGAGCCGGAGAGCGUUAUUGGCUGCAGCGGCCAACUUGAACCACAUCUGAUGGACGCUGUGAUUCGCCAGGGCUCUGUGCCGCUGCCACCCCUUCGUGCUGGACUCCAGGAAACUGUCCAAACCGGUGCAGAGGCAGACGGUCCUGUUGCUGUGGAGACAGCCGGCUUCUUGUUACUCCUGACGCAAAACAGCAGUUUAACCUCUGGCGCUCAGCAAAAGAGGUCAGUAUGAUGUUUUGACAGACACAAAGAAGACGACGUUCACGCUACUUAACGCCAGACAAGACGAUGCCUGUAGGAGAGCCCCGCCUCCCGCCUCAAACGCCGCAUCCUGUCCCGGUACUUCAGCUCAGACUAAAACCAGCCCUGCGUCGGUGGGGCGCGUGAAUUUUCCAACUCUUAAAAAAAAAAAAAAAAAAAAAAGUAGAAACGCAGCGUUCUCGUUACAAAGUCGUCUUCCAGGAACGUGAGCUCGCACGCAUUUGAUUGGCCGAAGCAGCGUCUUGCCAGGUGAAGUUAAACCAGGGUCUGCUUUUUUUUUUUUUUUUUUUUUUUUUUUUUUUUUUUUGUUUGUUGGACAACCCUGCGUUUAUUGGUCUGAGCCCUGUGUGUCGGCUUCUCUUCACCGCGUUUCUAAUCUGCUUUUUACAUGUGCAGGACGAAAGACUGCAUCGGAGGUCGUUGUCACAUCUAAAAAAAAAAAAAAAAAAAAACAAACACAGAGUCGCCUCCAGAAGUCUAAAGUUUCCGCUGCUGAAGAUUUGGCUACUUGUGAAAUUCGGGCCAUUUGCGGCUGUGAGGAAAAACAAAAAGCACAAGCUGGUAGUUAAAACAAGAACGCAGAACUUCCAAAUUAAAGUCGGGGGCGGAGUAGAAAUCUGACGACCGACCUGCUGUAUGUAUACGUGUUUUAACGUAACCAGGUUACUACGGUGCAUUUAGCGUCCUCUGAACGACCGCUACAGGCUGCCAGCUAACGCGCUUCCUGUGUUUUCACGUCCAGCCAGUCGAGCGCCUUAAUUCGCAAAUACGCAUCUUUCAAAAACAUUGAUCGAAAGCAGGAAGUAACAAACUUGCAAAGUCUGUUUUCAUGCCGUUUCAGUUACGAGUUCUGUGCUGGACAGGAAGCGUUUAUCGAUGUGAGGUUAGUGAAAUCUCUCUCGUUGUGUUUGUAGGCGAGCCGGUGGAGAGGCGGUUAGCGGCGGCGGCGGCUCGGAGGCCGCCAUAGCGAAGGAGCACUGCAGCGACACAGAGACCGGGUUUAACUGUGAAAGAUGGACCAGAACUGUACAGAAUAUCAUAAAAAAAAAAAAAAGUAUUUUCAUAAACACUUACUGGUGCUUUAUAUAAUUGCUCCUGAAUACACAGUUUUAAUGUUCAAACACACGAGGCAAACUGGAUAUAACUAACACUUCUGUAAUAAAGACUCCAUGUGAAUGUG